CAGCUGCUCAGAGUAGCGCGGGGACGACCUCUUUUUGGCCCUCGGUGUGUUCCGUAGCACGCAGUCUCACAACGUGCGAGAAGAGAAGAGAAGUGAAGACUUUUGGUUUUGAACGGCUAAAAGUGCUGCUAGCGGAGACUCAACGAAUCGUUUCUACACAGAACAAUCAUGGCAGAAAAGAAGGAAGAGAUGUCUCCAAUUGAGGAGAAAGUGGCACGACAAAUAGAGUACUACUUCGGGGAUCACAAUCUUCCAAGAGACAAGUUUCUCAAAGAACAACUGCAACUCGAUGACGGGUGGGUGACUUUGGAGACGAUGCUGAAAUUCAACAGACUGAAGUCUCUAACUACAGAAACCAGCGUUAUCAUUGACGCUCUCCAGAAAUCAAAGACUGGAAUCCUGGAAAUGAGCGAAGACAAGACCAAAGUCAGGAGGGCUCCAAACAAACCCCUCCCAGAAGUGAAUGACGACUACAAAGACGCUCUUAAACACAAAUCUGUUUACAUGAAAGGUUUUCCUCUGGAAACGUCCCUCGAUGAGGUUCAGGAGUGGCUGAGUGGGAAAGGCAACAUAGAAAACAUUCAAAUGAGGAGAACCCUGCAAAGGCAGUUCAAGGGAUCAGUGUUCGUCUGUUUCGACACAGAAGAGUCAUCGAAGCAGUUCCUCGAGCGUUCAGACAUCAAAUCGUUCAAAGACAAUGACAUGAUUGUGUUAUCAAGAGAAGACUACCAUGCAAAGAAAGCAGAAGAGAGAAAACUGUUCAAAGCAGAGUCGAAGGCAAAAGCUAAACAGGACAAGGACCAACAGCAGAAAAAUGCAGAAGACAAAGAAAUGGGUCUGCUUUUGGAUGAACAGAUGGGGUGCUUGUUGAAGUUUUCAGGAGAGCUUGAAGACGUUUCCAGAGAGGACUUCCAUGAACUGUUCUCGGGCCAUGGAAAGAUUAAGUGGGUUAAUUUUACAAGAGGGGCCAAAGAGGGCACCCUGCUGUUCGAUGGGAACGCAAAGGCAGCGUUCGAUAAAGCCAAAGAGGCAAACGGAGGGGAAUUGAAAAUCAAGAACAACAGUGUUAACUGGCAGGUGUUAGAGGGCGAUGACGAGAAAGAUGAAAUGAAGAACAUCAUCGACGCUCAACAAGAAUCAUACAACAGGUCCAAAAACAGAGCUAGCAGAGGACGAUCAGGAGGCAGAGGAAGAGGAGGCCGGAGGGGAGGAAGAGGUGGCAGAGAUCAAGGCAGAAGUCAGUACAAGGGCAAGAAGAUGAAAUUCGAGAGCGACGAUGAGGACGAAAAACCUGUAGUCCAAAAGAGAGAGCGGGAAGAAGAAGCUGUUGGUCCCGCAGCAAAGGUUCCCAAAACUGAAAACGGAUCUUAGUCACACAGUCACACUCAGAAGUUUUGUGAAAAGAUUUAUUAUUAACAUUGAAAAUGCAGAGGCAACAAAAAUCCAUUCCAGUGAGUUUCAGGCUUUGGAGAAUCGUAUGAAGUCCACCUG